UCAACACAUGUUUAAAAUUUCCAAAAUGUUUUAAAUAAUUAUUGAAUUCCCAAUUUAUCAAUCAAAUUAACAAUUAUUAAUAAAAAUGGGCAAAAAACGUACCAAUUCUGAAUCAGUAGAAGUUAAAGAAAGUAAGAAAUUUGCAUAUGAAGAUAUUUGUGCAGAAGAGGAAAGACUUUCUAAAUUACUAUUUGGAGAUGUUAAUGAAGUAAUCAAAACUGAAACGGUUGUUGAAAAACCGUCCGAAAAUGUACCUGAAUCAACAGCAGCUUGGGAAGAUGAAGACGAUGCUUCAAUUACCGUACAAACUGCUCUACAAUCACAAAAACGAAAAUUACCCAAUGGCGGGGUAAACGAAAAACAAAAUACUUAUUCAAGUUUAUUGAAACAUAAGUAUAAAAAUUUAGUUGGUACGCCAAAAUGGGCUAAACUAGAUAAAGUCGUCGAUGGCGAUGAUUCUGAUGAUGAAAUAUUACGAAGUUGUGGUCAUAUUGCAUCGAAUUCAAUCGAAAAUACUCUACGAAAAGGGACGUUAGAAAUUAAACAGUUAACCGAUUUAAAUGCUGAAACAUAUACAGAAGGUCCGUUUAUUCAUAGUUUAGAAUUUCAUCCCACGUCGACGGUAGGUCUUGUUGCUGGACCUUCUGCAAUUUUUUCACUUUUCGCUGUGGAUGGUAAACGUAAUAAUAAAAUUCAUAGCGUGAAGCUAGAUCAAUUUCCAAUAAAAUGUGCCAAAUUUAAUGGGGAUGAAAUUGUAUUUGGAUCCGCGAGACAUAACUACAUGUAUAUAUACGAUCUAGAAAAGGCACAAGCUCAGCGAAUUUUCUUACCGCAGGAUAUGACGAACAUGCAACGAUUUGAAAUGUCACCAUGUGGAAACUAUAUUGCGGUAAGUGGACGAUUUGGAGAAUUAUUUUUAUUAAAUGCGAAAUCCAAGGAGAAAAUUGGAAAUUUUAAACAAGAUUCGAAAUUACGUGCAAUUUCGUUUACCCCCGACAGUAAUCAUAUUUAUGCGCACAGCGAAACUGGAACAGUCACCGUUUGGGAUGUUAAAAUGCAACGUGUUGUAAAUCGGUGGUACGACGAAGGAUGUAUUCAAGGAUCAAGUAUCGAUGUUUCACCAUGUGGACAAUACGUUGCCACUGGUUCGUUCGAAGGGGUAGUUAAUCUUUAUGAUAGGAGCUCGUUGGAUGUAGGGAAUCCUAAACCGUUAAAAGCGAUUAUGAAUUUAACAACGUGUAUUACGGGGUUGAAAUUUAAUUCAACAUCUGAGAUUUUAGCGUUCUCUUCGAGGGAAAAAGAUGGUGAUGUUAAAUUAUUGCAUGUUAACAGUAAAACUGUUUUUAGUAAUUUUCCUGGUUUGAAUACGAAAUUACAUAAAAUCAAUUCGAUAGCAUUUUCACCGUUAAGUGGAUAUUUUGCUGUGGGAAAUAAUAAAUCGAAAGUUUUGUUAUACAGAUUAAAACAUUAUGCUAGUUAUUAA